ACCCCCAGCGCCGGGCGCGCCAGGAGCAGCGGCAGGAGGAGCCGAGGAGCCGCGGCCACCCCGCACUGACCUUGGCCCGGGAGCACACCAAAAGCGGAUCAAAUCUGUGGGACAUGGCACAAGGAAAUAAUUAUGGGCAAAGCAGCAAUGGGGUGGCUGAUGAAUCCCCAAACAUGCUGGUGUACAGAAAGAUGGAAGACGUCAUAGCUCGCAUGCAAGAUGAGAAAAAUGGGAUUCCUAUUCGUACAGUCAAAAGUUUUCUUUCCAAGAUCCCCAGUGUCUUUUCUGGUUCAGACAUUGUUCAGUGGUUGACAAAGAACUUAUCUAUAGAAGAUCCAGUGGAAGCUCUACAUUUGGGAACACUGAUGGCAGCACAUGGUUAUUUUUUUCCAAUCUCAGACCAUGUUUUAACACUAAAGGAUGAUGGCACCUUUUAUCGAUUCCAGACACCCUAUUUUUGGCCAUCAAAUUGUUGGGAGCCGGAAAACACAGACUAUGCGGUUUACCUCUGCAAGCGGACAAUGCAAAAUAAAGCAAGGCUAGAGCUAGCAGACUAUGAAGCUGAGAGCUUGGCCAGGCUACAGCGAGCAUUUGCUCGGAAGUGGGAGUUUAUUUUUAUGCAAGCUGAAGCACAAGCAAAAGUUGACAAGAAGAGAGACAAGAUAGAAAGGAAAAUUCUCGACAGCCAGGAACGAGCGUUUUGGGAUGUACACCGGCCGGUGCCUGGAUGUGUAAACACUACUGAAGUGGAUAUAAAAAAGUCUUCAAGAAUGAGAAAUCCACAUAAAACAAGAAAGUCUGUCUAUGGCUUACAAAAUGACAUCCGAAGUCACAGCCCUACUCACACACCAGUACCAGAGACUAAGCCUCCCACAGAAGAUGAACUACACCAAGAGAUUAAGCACUGGCAAAUGCAAUUAGACAGACAUCGAUUAAAAAUGUCAAAAGUUGCAGAGAGUCUAUUAGCUUAUACAGAGCAGUAUUUGGAAUAUGAUCCUUUUCUUGUGCCCCCUGAUCCCUCAAACCCUUGGAUAUCUGAUGACACCACUUUCUGGGAACUGGAGGCAAGCAAAGAGCCAGGACAGCAGAGGGUGAAGCGAUGGGGAUUUGGCAUGGAUGAAGCUUUGAAAGACCCUGUGGGAAGAGAGCAAUUUCUCAAGUUCCUGGAGUCAGAAUUCAGUUCAGAAAAUUUAAGGUUCUGGUUAGCAGUAGAAGACCUGAAGAAGAGGCCUAUCCGUGAAGUUCCUGCUCGCGUCCAAGAAAUCUGGCAAGAAUUUCUUGCUCCAGGUGCACCCAGUGCCAUCAAUCUAGAUUCAAAAAGUUAUGACAAAACCACGCAGAAUGUAAAGGACCCUGGAAGAUACACAUUUGAAGAUGCUCAGGAGCACAUUUACAAACUGAUGAAAAGUGAUUCUUAUCCUCGUUUUAUACGAUCCAGUGCCUACCAGGAGCUGCUACAGGCCAAGAAAAAGGUAUUGGUCCAUCUUGCCUUUGUCUUGCCACUGUGCAAAGCGGUGGUUAUGUUUGCAACAAUACUCAGUCUUCUCUCCCCUGUGCCAGUGCAACUGGAUAUCUGGUAGGUGACCAACUUGGCGUGUUUGGAGGGUCACAUACACACAGGAGUUCAAUAUACAUAUAUGUGUAUAUAUCCUGCAUGUGGGCAUGUUGCAAUAAGUUAUUCUAGCAAAACUUAUUUUUAUUUUUACAUCCCAUAUUGUACUGUUUUCUCUGUUAUGAAGCACCUUAAACUGCAAAGUGCUUUACAAAUACAUUAAAAAAUAAAAUAAAAUCCCAGAAGAAUAGUCUUUCAUGUUUGCAAGUUUGCUUAUGUAAUAACUGUUGUUCUCUUUAUUCCACCUGUAAAAUCUACAGAAUGUGUUUAGAAACAGUCUCAUUCAUUUGAAUAACUUCUGAUUCCAACUAUAAAAAUAGGGGCUUCCUAAUCCUAUUCCCUUCCCUAUUAUUACAUGAAUAGUUUCAAACAGCAUAGAAAUAUGACUCGAAAGACUGAUCAUGUCAUACUUAUGCAAUCAGAGGAUCAUGUCUUAGCAUGUAAUGUUUGCUUAGAGAAGCCCACGUUAUGGAAUGACUCCCAAAAAGGCACAGCCCAGAGUACGUGGAGCAGCUUGUGCAAUGCAGAGUUUUAUAAUGAUAAAUAAUUUUAUUAGAGGGCUCUAAAUAGUGAUUUCCUAGAAUGACUUGGCAUAUGCUUGCAAAAUCAGGGCCCUGUUGUUGCUGAAAUUAGGUAGUUAUUAACAUCGUAGCAUUCUAUUGUUUAUAAUGACGACCUAAAAUUAUAUGAAAGUACUGUGUGAUUUUGUUUUUUGUUCAAACAUUGAUUUCUGAAGAUCCAAUAUAGAAAGAGAUGUUGAAAAUACCAGAAAGCUACAACUGUCCGUGUGAAGUCCUUAAGUUUGUGAUUGUCAGUUCAUUAACACAAGAUGUGCACUUCAUUAUUUCUUUUUAUUUUCAGUUUUUCUUUUAAAUCAAACCAUCUUGAUCCCCAUGAAAAAUGAUUUUUGUCAAAUACUAUAUCUGCUUUGCCCAUCUGCUGUUUUGCAGAAUCACAUUACAGCUUCAUACCUGUGUUUGCUUCCUUAUUUAUACAAACUUUGUUUUGCAGUCCAUUGUUUCAUCAGUCCUUUUCUACUCCAUUUUUCUUGCUUUUCUUUUUCCCCUCCUUUUUCUUUUGAUUUUCUUUUAAAUUUAAGUUGGAAAACACACUGGAUCGUCGAACAUCUUUUGAGAAAUUCACACGCAAUGUGGUAAGUUUGUUGCCUCGGAAGACUAGUAAACUUGAUGGGACAUCCUUCUCCUUUCCCCCUCGCCAAACCUUCCUUUCCCUUUUUGCUUCUCUAACCUGACAGUUAAAAGUCUAUUUAUCACAGUUUGUGAAUUUUCAUAGGAAUGUCAGCUUUGUAAUGUACUUUCAUUACAACCCCUCCUCCCUAGUCCCUUCCUGCUGACCUCCACAGUCACACAUGGAGGAAUGGAACUUUGGGAGCCAUGCUUUUUACAUUAGGAAGCAUGAAAUGAUUUGCUUUUUUCUUUUAAUUUAUAGUAAAGGAUCUGUGAAAACCUGCUUAAUGUUGUUCCUUUUUCCGGUGCCUCCCAAAAUACUAAGCCUGAUGCAGUUUAAGUAUAUUGGAUUUCAUUGCUGUCUCUUUUUUUGUUUUACUAGAAAAGCGUUUGUCCCAUUUUUGUAACUGGGGACAGGGAAAAAUAAACUAUAAUAAUUUCCCUUUCCCUAUCCUCCUUAAAGCUUAGCACAGCUUCUUUAGGACCAAAGAAUUGAUGCUGAUGAUGCAGAAGGGUUUGAUUAAAAUUUCAAUUUGAUUAUGGAUACAGCAACUGAGUAUUUUUUCAUUUUAAUAAUAAUUUUGGAAAUAUAUUUCACCAAGGUAAAAAUGUGAAGGCUGGUAAAUUUGCUGCGGGCAUUCUCUUGCCACCAGCCAAAAGAUCCACUGAUUGCUUGAUAUGUGGGAUUCUUUUUACUUAUCCGGUUUCUAUGGAUUUUUUUUUUUAAACUUUGUGAAAGUUCCAACUAAAGCAUUCAACGCAUUUAUUUUUGUAGGGCAGAAACAUCCCUAUUUUCCCAUGCCAUAAAAACUGUACACCAACACUGAGGGCGAGCACUAACCUGUUAUGAAAAGAGGUAGAAAGAUCUUGGAUUCUACUCAAGUUUGUCUGCAUUGUCUGUUGAAUUGUGCAGUUGAUGCUGCUGUGCGUGUGUGUGUAUCUGUGGCUUUUUUUGUGACCUGGUUAGUGGAGCUGUGUGCGUUGAAAUGACAAAUAUGAGAGCUUUCAGCAAAGAUUAUGGUUUUUGUUUUUUAGUUACUAGGGAAGGAGAAGCAGUUCUCAGGAACUGCCUCCCGUAUAAUGAGGCUUAAGAGUGUUUCCUCAAGUAUUUAAAUUACAUAUACAUUCUAGUAAUCAGAACAAGAAACAAACACAGUGAAAGUACAAAUUUCUGUGAGGUUGUAGGAAUAUCUCACGUGUUAAAACAAAACUGUAAUCCUUUGACUACUUUCUUAUAGGUAAAGGCUUCCUGUAAUAUGCUUUGAAUCCACUGCAAUCAGGAACAAAUUUGAAUUCAAUGGGACAAAGUCAGUAAGACUAAAAAGUAAAUAGCCACAAAGGAAACUAUCUCAAUGUUUGAAACAAAAACCCCUAUUUUUUGCAUGGUGGUGUUGCCAUAGCAUGUUGCAGUGUGAUUUGUGUGUUGUCUAAACAGGUUGAUCUAUAAAACAAUGUUAUACGUGACAACAUUAUACGUAAUGAUUCUACUUUCUUCCAUGGAGAUGUUUAACAGGAAGUUCCACAGUAAUAAACGAGCCUGGGUUAAUGAGAGAGAGCACAGACAGCACAUCUGGGACCUCUGAGAGGCAAGAUUUUGCUUGUCACAGUGCCUGACAAACUGCAAUGUAGGCUGGGUGUUUAAGUAGCCAGCAGAUCAGGAACUGGUUAUGGUAAAAAGUAUGUAAACAAGUAGCUGUAAGGAGAGAAAUAAUGAGUUCCAGGCAGAUACAAGGAAAACACAACACAAAACAGCGUAAAAGUGAAUGCAGACUGGAAGGCACCACAGUUACUCUCUGAUAAAGCAUCAGCUCUGUACACCAGCACUGCAGCAUAGUGCCCUGCCGGCAUGCCCAACAUUCAGCAGCUAAUCUCAGGGCAGAAGAAUAGAACAGCAGGGUGCUGGAGAUGCAAGGCAGGCCCAGUAACAAAACUGUGAGCUAGAAAGAGGGGAGUGAGGAUUUCUGAAUGUGAAGCAUUAGUGUUUCAGUAGAAGAGGGUAAUUCUUCUCUCAUGGUUCAAGCUAUAAAGUAAAUACGUUGCAUUUGUUUUUCCUCAAACUACUACCCUAUGAAUUUUGGGUGGAAUCUGUGAAGUCGGGUCAGCUACAAAAGUAAAAAUAUCACUUCUAAGCAUACAUUCCUGAUAAGACGAGCAGCUCAGAAGCUUGCAAAUUACUCCAGAAUAUCAAGGUUCUCAGGUACCAACAUUUUUCUAUGAGAGAUCUGAGUUUCUAUCCCCCACGGACCCAGGACCCCUUGCCAACCAAGAAUCCUUAUUUUUCCAUUCUUGUUCUCCAUUAUGAUGAGUUUAUAAUGUGUAAUUAUGUGCCUCGGUACACUGGUUCAAACAUACAGGGAUGAGGCAAGUGUUUCUCAGAACAUCCUACUGAUUAACUUGUUCUACUGUGAAGGGACAGACUGCGGUAAAAGACCUGCUCUUCUGAUUAAUACAGAAAAUAGAUGUGAAACAGGUCUUCUACAGCUUAGCCAAAUGCAGUGGUCUCUGAAUGAUUUAUAAAGAAGAAAAUUGUAUUUUCACUUAUCUUCUGACAAUUUAGAAAAUUUAGACUCAUUUCCACCGUUCUUUUUCUCAGUUACAUCCAAGUGGCUUUGCAUUGAACUAAAUUAGACCUCAGUAUUUUUAUUUGAAAUGUAAAAAAAAAAACCCAACAGUUGUGUAUAGGGACUGAACAUGAGAGGAUGACCUUGUGAUUCAUAACCUGAUUUGUUAAGCUGAGAUUAGAAGAUAUUUCUGAACCUUUUGUUAGCAGUGAUUGGAAGUGGGUUAUACUUGCAACAGAAAGCAGUUGCUAAGCUAAAAAGUUUAGAAGCUUUCUAAGUGCUAUCCCCCUAUACUAAUCAUAAAGUUAAAUGGAAAUCACCUUAGAUAAUCACUCAUUAUUUCAGUUUGGUGGGGGAAAAAACAGACGUGAAUCUAUCUACACAUGAAAACUAGGCUUAGCUCUGCAUUUCUUUGACAUUGUAGAGUUUUCUUUUCAGAAAGCUUUCAAUAAUUCAGUGCACUGUAUGAAAGCCCUAUGUGCACAACUAGAAGCACUAGUUAUUUAGCUUGCUCUGUAAAUUAUACAGCACAGUUGCUAACGCUUUUGGCAGUCUGCAACAGACAAUAUGAAUAGUGUUAGAAACAUGUUUACAUACAGAUACAGUAUAGGUGAAGUAAUAGCAAACUCAUAUUUGCUGUAUGUAAUAUUUUUUUCCUAAAUAAAAACUUAGGAAACUUCUUCUACCUGAAGUAAUAACAUCUAUACAGCAUAGAAAAAAAAAAAAAAACACACAGGAGAAGGAAGGUGCACUCAUAACACUGAUGGAAGAAAAGAGGUCCUUUAAGGAAGACUUUAAUUUCUCUUUCACAUCAGGAACUGUGACAAUAGCAGACUGGUAGUCUCUGAGCAACACACCUUUGUGAACACCUGCCCAUGUUUAUCUGUGAUCAGUGGUCCGGAAACCCAGAACAAAGCAUUUCAUUUACGGCACAGUAGGCACAUUUCUUUUCCACUACAUGCAAAUUUUCCUGUCUUGGCAGGAGACCAGUUAACAGGUCAGGAAGGUGCAGUCUUUUCCUCAGAGCCACCCUGGGGAGAUACUCCAUCACUGCAUGUGGGUGUGACAGCUUCAGAUGCCACCGCCAGUGUCAGAGUUUUAUCUGUUGCUGCUUAACUGUAGAGGUGAAAAAAAAUGGGCUUGUAAGUUGGUCCUGUUUUAUGAAAAUACAGCCAGUACAAAACUGAGCUAACUCACUUCAUUUAUUAAACCAGAGAGUCAUCAAAUGAUAAUCGUCUUCACUCACAGCCUCAUAAGCAAGAACUCCGUUUAAUAACACUGGGUUUAAAACCACUAUAUCUUACAUUACCCAUGUUCUUUCCAGCUGUCUGCUUCCACUUAGCUUAGAACUUGCUUACCAGUUUCCUUUAAGGAUUUUCCUCUCCAAACCAGUAGCAUUAGACUAUUUAAUGCAUGAGAUAAGAAAUAUAAAGGCCAUGGAACACAGCACAUUUUCACAAUCCAAUGUCUAGUGUAAUUUAAUAUGAAAAAUUGCAAAUUAUGGUCUAGAGGUGAAAAUUAAAACUCUUGAAAAUAGCUUCCUCAUUUCUUUUCAGUGGGGUAUAGACUUUAUAGAUGUUUAAAUUGACAUUGUCAUGUUAAGAACUGUCCCUUUACUGAGAAAGAAUGCAGAUAUCAAUUUCCCAUUAGCCAAUAAAUUUUUCUCUGGACAGAUAAAACUUUUUACAUACCCGAGAGCCAGACCAGAAGUCCACUUAGCCCUGAAAUCCAAGCAUGGGCUAUGUUUUUCUUGAGAAUAGCAUUUUGAACAAGCUUUAAUGUAAUAUCAGCUGUAGGAUCUUCUGUUCAAUUGUGGAACAUGCAAUCAUAGAAUUUUUCCUAGUUAGACUUUUGAAAUUUGCUUAUGGGUUAUUCUUAAAACAUGAAAGAAAAACUGUGUCAGAAAAAAUCACAAAGCUUUGAAAGAUACAAAAAGAAAAAUACCCCUAAAAAUAACAAACUUUCACAGAAACGAACUUUCUCUUUUUUAGGAAAGAGAUGGCUUAAUGAAAAAAAAAAAAAUCAUUGAAAUUUUGAGUUUGGACUAAUAAUUAGUCUAAAAAUCUAGUGUUAGAUUGUUUUUGAGGAAUGAUGCCUAGCUUAAUGAGGAAAAUCAAAAGGCGAAUCGCUAGGAGAUACCAAUGAAGAUUGGCCUUCUUGCCCAGUUCUGCAAUGAUGAGCUGAAAUACCUUGUUUUGUGCUGAAGCCUCUGUGUGGUACUGGCACAGCCAGGUCUGUCUCCAUUAGGAAACAGAGCACUGCCAUUCAGGUAUUAGGACAGUGACUGCCAUUUCCCAGCUGACAAAUAUUUACCUGUGUCCUAAGCUACUGAAAGGCUGAGAAAUACAGAGUGAUAUCAAAACAAACUAUUUGUCACGUGCAUUGGCACCUUAGAAAACCUUAGAUUUUACCCCAUCCUUCCAAUGGCUUUUCAACUUAAAACUAUCCCAUCUGGCAAGAGCUUGUAGGUCAAACACAAAUUAGAGCAGCUCAUCAGAAUAUACAGAUUACUGGGAAAGGGGAAAGAAAGAGGGAGUAUCACCCAGUUUGGAACAAGACAAACCAAGAAUAUGCAAUUGCUCAGAUACUGCUUUUUGUCUAUGAAUUGCUCCAGGACAGGGAACAGCCGCAGUGCAAAAUUAGGAGAGGACUGCAAAUCCCCACUAUAGGAAGGAGGAUUUUCCUGCACUGAAGGUAGUGGUGAGAACUUGUCCCCUAAACUCAGUAAAUGCUAACCUCCUCCUCUUCAUCAUCUUCCUGAAAGAGAAAUAUGCUGGCACAGCUGGAUGAAAAUCAAAGCAAAAUCCUGACACCCUUGGCAAUGCUAAAUCCAUUUGCCUGCCUUAGAGGAGCAAGGGCUGUCUAAAUCCUGGCCAGAGACUUACUGUUUCUGCUCCUGUGCCUCUCUAGAUGUGCUCCUGCCAAGGGCUGUUUAUCUCAGCACUGUGUGUGGCACCAGGGAUGUCACCUGGGAACUUUGCCUGCUGAUGCUGGCCAAGCUGCUGUCAUUCCACAUGUAUGCCACACACAAGCAGAUCAGGAACAGUGAGAGCAAGGAGGUCCAAUCCUCAUUUUGUCUCAUUUUGCUCCCAGUAGGGUUCAUGCCACUCUCCCUUUUGAAUGUGUGGAGCUUCCUGUUCCAGUUCUACCAACUGGAAGUAUGAGUCCUGGGGAAAAUAAAGAAACUUGAAAAAGGCAUCACUGAGGUUGCUUAGCAGAAAGGAUAAGAAUUUGAAAACUAAUAUUUUAAACUUCAUAUAUUUCAACUCUUGUCCCUAUAUAAAUUUCACGUUGGUCUCUUAUAAGUCAUAUAUGAAUUGAAGUUGUUGCUGACUUACUUGCCAGAUUAUUUGAGCUGUUAGUGUCCAGCUACAUAAAUAGGUCAGUCAGCAUAUUUGUAGCUCAUAAAUCUGCACAUGGUCAUAAAUCUGCCCACAUAAAUUCUGUAAUUUUCUCGUCAAGCUCUCUAAAAGUACAGUUGGAAGGACAACUCUGCAUUUAAAAAGUUAAUACGUUAAGGUAGGUGAGAGAACAAUGAGGUCAGUUAUUUGGUUUUCAUCAAUGUAAUUGGCUCAAUCCAGCUGCUCUGCUGCCUGCUUGUACUCUGACUCCCUUGUUGGGAUACAGAAUCACAGAAUCAUAGAAUCCUUAGAGUUGGAAGGGGUCUUUAAAGGUCAUUUGCAUAUGUGCAAAGGGCUUCAUUUGGCUGGUGUGUUAUAAUACAAUUGUUAAAUAGUUUCAAUUUAUAUGUCCAAAUUGUACCUAAAAGGCAAAAAUCCUUCUCUUAUUUAGAGUUUUGCCCUAUACUCCUACAUGUUGAUGGCAAGAAUACAAUAAAAACAUUAAAGAUCUUCUUUUCAUUCUUCUGAUGAAAAUCUAGUACUUCUGAAUUUGUUUUCAAAUGUUCUUCAAUCUUACUAGCAUAGCAAACAUUUUCCUAUGUGUGAUUAGUCAUAUGUCACACCUUUUAGAACUUGCCCAUUUGUUGUAAUUGACCAAAUCAAAAAUUUGGCUUAAGGAAAUGUAAUUAACAUUGUGCCUGAAAGAAACAGAGUCAACCCUGGGGAGGGAAGGUGGAGAAUAGGACAUCCACGGAAAUCCUUAACUUAGGAGAAAAACUAUCCAAAGUCUUUCAGUUUACUGUGGUGAGCAGUAUCCAGGGAGGAAGUGAUGCCAAAGAGCAAAAUUUUCAUGACAUCUUAAUGCAUCUAUAUGGAAAAUUUCAAUUAAUACAUCAUAGAAUAAGGUUAUUGAGUCAGAUCAACUAAUUAACGUAUAGUUUUUUGCCUGCACUUAGAUAAAAAAUUCCUACUUUAUGUAAUAUCACAGUCAUUCCAUAGAUGUCGGAAUGGAAUCUCAAAAUUCCGUGGAAUUACAACUCCAAAAGGAUCAGCUGUUGCAGAUAAGAAGGCAAAAUUACUUCACAGAUUUUAUCCCCCUAUAAGAAUGUGUGUAGCCUUCCAGUAUAAUACUGAGGGAAUUGUUCUAAUAACUAAUAGAAACCUCCAGAUAGGGAAUUAAUUUUUAGACAGUUCCAUACCCAGUGGAACUCCUACAUAGUUCCAAAACGUAGCCAAGCUUGUAGGCCUGCAAAAUUAAGCACAAAAAUCUCCAUAGGAAGGAAAGAUCAGCAUAAGCUGAAUAUUGUCUUAGAUUAUGUUCAAGGCUGACAACCCUGCACCACCUCUAAAAUCACUUAAUAAAUUUGGGCAUACCAUCUUAAAUUGUAGUAGUCCAGUGCCACAUAGCUGUGGAGACUUUCUGGUUAUCUAAAAAGAAGAAGUGUUCAGCUUAGUGGUUUAAACAGCUUUCUUAUCACAUUAUGGGAGAACAUAGUCUAAGGCUAAACUGAUGCCAAAAAACUGAAUUUAAUGGGGGUAGAAAUUCAUAGAGUUAAACCUAAAGGGAGGAGACCAUGCCUAGAAGGAGACAUGCUGUCUUUCUGAGAAGCAAGUGCUAUUAUUGUCAGGUGGUAUGGUGAACUUGAGAGAUGAGGAGUCUAAUCCAACAUUACAGACCAUUAUUUCCCUUCAAGAUUAUACUGUAGGGGGAAAAUUCACCCUCAUCUGUAUGACAUUUAUUUCAGAUCACUAAGAGUAAAACGGCUAUUCUUUUUGUCAAGACCCAUUCUGGUAUACUGCAUUUAAGCAAAUGUUCAAAACCAACUUGCAUAUCCCUUUGAGCAUAAAAUUAAUUGGUAAGGAAAACAGAUACUAAAUUGUGUAAUUCCACAGAGUUACAGUACAACAGAUUACUUAAUAGCUCAUUGAUAAGGCAGAAUAAGUUUAUUUACCAUUUACUGCAGAAGUCAUCUCUCUUCACAGUUACAAUAUUUCUUACUGUAGUUUCCUUGAAGUCAGUUUGAUUUUAAAAUGAACAAUACAAUAGAUGAAAUAUUAAAUAUUCUUUAACUGACAAAUUAGAUACAGCCCUUUACUUUUUUAUUUUUUAUUAUCUAUUUAUGGUAUGUUAUCAGGGUAUCCCCGUGGUGUAUUGAGAAAUGCUGUAAGCUUGCUGUGCCAGCUCUGCCUCUGCUGAAUUGGUGCCACAGCAGGAUGGCCUAAGGAGAGCUAACUGACAUCUUGUGUGGUUUUGUGGCUUUUGUCUGGCUCAGCUAAAGCUCAGAUCUGCCUGAAAUAUGCCAAGACAACAUACCUACACUAUUCUCUCCUCACUGUACAGCUAACUCUUGUGGGACAGAACUUCCUAAAAAACUGAAACAGCAUCCCUGCAACAGGAGGACUGAUGAGGAAAAAGACAAUGUGAAAAUCCAAACACCUUCUAAGCAAUGUUAGGUAGUUCCCAUGUAACAUACCUGACCAAUACUCCUUAUAAAUAGUAAAUGCAGUCUCAGCAAGUCUAUUGCAAAGUUCAUGUUUGAAAAGCUGCUUUCCUGCCUGUAUGCAAUCUGCCUCUUACUUUCUUACUUGAACUGUAAAGUAGCUUUCUGCAGUCUGUGACAGAGCUACUACAGUGUGCACAUCAUCGCUGUAGCAUGAGGCACCCUCACUUGGGGUACCGCCUUCAAGGGUGGCCGCCUUCAAGUAGUUCUGGGAGUGACCAACAGCAAAGCCCUCAGCAGUUGUUUCUUAACAGCCAAACCCAAUCUCAUUCAAAACUGGCCUUUGAAUUUGCUGGAUUACGCUCUGAAACAGAAUGGCUGGCUGGCAGUGCAGGUAUGCAAGAGUCAGGGCUUCCUGUGGUUUAAGAUUUGACAGACUCCAGUUGGUGCCCCUAGAUAUUUGACAGUGAUGUGGCAACACUGAGUGGUUGCUGAUGAACAGGUUUGCAGUGAUCAUGCCUCUGUUUUCUGUUUUUGUUUUUUGUUUUUAUCUUUUCCUCAGGGGAAAUCGCUCACAUCAAAGAGGUUAACCAGUCUAGUGCAGUCCUACUAAAAGGAUCACCUUGUAGCAUGGAAGCAGACUCAAAUCAUUAUACAUACUUUGUAGCUCACUGAUUGCCUGAAUCAGAGGACAGUAGAACAAGAUGUUGCAUGAGCAAGGACCUGACUUGUUUUCUUUUGUGUAUACUAAGGCAUUACAGACUCCGAGGGACUCUCUAGCCUUUCGAUGCCUCCAUUUCGAAAACUGUCUGCUCACUUCCUCCUUCAUAUCAAGCUGGAUCUGUGUCUUUUUAUUUUCUGCAAGCUCAAGUACAGUGAAAAAAAAGCUUCUGCUAGGCACAGUUUAUUAAAAAAUACGUCAAUCAAAAACUGGAAGAAAUGUAAAAAAAUGCAUAUAUUAAUAAAUAUACAUAUGGCAUCACAUUUAUUGCACAAUAAAUUAGCACAGAAGGUUUCAUUUCACUGAUGUAUUCACAUUGAGAAAGAAAGCCUGUGUCUUUGUCUGUUGUCUGUAUAUUCUCUGUUAAUGUUUCUUGCAUUUAUUUUUAUACCAUAUUUAAAAAAGAACACCUUUUACUCCAGAUGUAUUAAAGUUGAUCCUUCCUCUGUAAA